AUGUGGACAGAUGCACUCUCACUAAAAGGAAAAAGGCUGGAUUUUUAUGGCAAAGCUGACACAUAUCAAAGCCUGACCAACAAUAUUCCUGGACUAAGUCAAUUCACAGUAGGCCUUGAUCUGCGAUUUGUGAGUGUCAAAUCAAGUGAUUGGAUGGCUUUCUCCUACAUUACUAAUAACACUUUCUUGGGCAGAGAAGACAUAGAACUUGAACUCUCGGGAGAUCAUCAGCAACUAAUUGUGUACAACUUUGGCAAGACCUUUCACAUCCGUCACCACCUGAUUCCAUUUCAGUGGCACACAGUAUGGCUGGUAUGGAAUGGUGUGAAAGGGCAGAUUAGAGCUAUUCCUGAAUAAAGGAUACUGGUAAUUAUGGAUCAACCACAGAACCUAGCGCCUAAUGGGACUCUGGUUCUAGGACAUUUUCUCAAGAAAGGCAAUGACCAGAUUCAACGCCUGGUUCCUAGGUUCACCAGCAGCUUGUACUACUUUCAACUCUGGGACCACAUCCUGGGAAAUGAAGAGUUUAUGAAGUGUCUGAGAGGAAAUGUGUUUAAUUGGGAAAAAGAUGUUUGGCUUGUCAACAAGAUCAUUCCAACUGUUGAUGUGAAACUGCGCUGCUUUCUUUCUGAAAGUAUAAUAAUUCAAGAAAAAAGUACCACUCUUUCACAACAAAUAGACUUGACAACUCCAUCUCAAGUUACUGAACUAAAACCGCAAAAGACUGCAUAUUCUUCUACAGUGGUGUCUAAAAGCAUGCCUGUAUUUGCAACUGAUUAUACAACUCGACUGUAUUCCAAUACAAUAUCUCGACCACUGAAAACAAUGACUGCACCAUUUUUUUUAAAGACUUCCAGAGCGGAAAGAGCUACAUUUGCAGCAGACCUUUUGUCUAUGUCAGCAGCCAUUGCUCUGUCUACCAAGAGUACCUUCGUAGGCCCUACUACCAAUUCCGUGAAAAUAACUAAAUCCCCAUCUUUGGAGAGCACAAGGACAACCAAAAUGGUUGAAUCCAUUGCUAGUGAGACUUCUCAUUCAGCGGUAGCUACUAAUUUCCUGUACACAUCUAGAUUCACCAACAAUUCAGUUGUACCCAAACCUUCAGUAACUGGAUCUCAGUCGGCUGUUAUGAGGACAGCAUCUUUAUUCUCACCUAUUGAGUCAACAUCCAUGUCUACAACAUCUUGGCCCAAACACAAAUCCACAGGAAUUGGGGCACUCCCUAUUGCCACAACUAGCCAGGAGUUUCCUGCAUCUACAGCUGCUAGAAGUGUACGUCAGUCCACAGUGGAUCCGACUUCAACUACAGCUACUCCCAUUGGGACUGCGUCAGCACUGCCACCUGAGUCUGUGCUUAUCUCCACAGCUGUUUCAAUGGAUUCUGUAUUUCCUAGAAAUCAGACAGCCCAGGGAUUGGCCACAACUGAUAUGGAAAUACCAUUUACAGUUUAUUCAACUAGGUCUAUUGAGAUGACACCUGUGCUAAGAACAGCUGAAAUAGAAUCACCAUCUACAAAUUUCCAGGCUGACUCUUCACCCAUAAUGGAAGAUGCAAUAUCUACCUUCAUACCAAAAGAGGCCUCUUCUAUGGCACUUUCUUUCAGGGCCUCCUCUCCAUUCACCAGAGCUCAGAGUGUACAGAUCGUUAUUCAUGUUGAGACGACACAUACAGCCUUGACUCCUGGGAAAACACUUGCACCUACAGUGGCUGAAACUAUAUUUUCCUCCACAAUCACUGGGCCAGUAUAUGCAUAGAAUAUACCCACAGGUGGUGGAAACAAGCUUCCUGUGAUUUCCACUAGAUCAGCUUCCACAUCCAAGGAAUCUGAGUCUGGUCCCACAUCAACAAGUGAUGAAGGUGUCCAUCUAUCCUUCACAAAUGAGAUCACUUGGACUUCCAGGCCAGAUCAGACCUUGUUGACAUCAGUGUUCUAUGGGAGUACUUCUAAUACAGAGCAUUCAUCCACAACUACUAUUAUCAUCCAACCAGAAGCAUCCAAAAAGUGCAAGGCCACCACUAUUGCUAAUACUACUACAGACAGAUAUACAACAGUUCUAUCCAAAUUGACAUCCCCAUGGCUCACUAAUUUCUCCAUGGUUUCUGGAGUCACAUCUGUAACCAAACUGUCUGAAUUUAGCACCUUACUACUAAAAACCACUCCUGCAUCCACAGUACUUGGAAAUGAACUUCUUUCAACACCGAGGGAGACAGUUGUUUCACUUGUAGAUAGAAUAUCUACCCUUGCUGAUGUGGAACCCAAUUUUUCUACUGAGGAGAGUGCUUCUGAGAACACACAAACAGAGAUAAAUGGUACAAUUGCAUUUGGAGAGACAACAGCCCCCGUUCCAGACUCUGCAAUGAUACAAAGAUUCAUUGCUACUGUGACAAGGAAAGAAACAACUUUCCAUUAUGGAAAAUUGGCUCUAGCAGUGAGAGAAAGUUGGUUUUCUACAAAAUCAAUGAAAACGACCCCUAAGAGUUCAUACAACGAAACUACAGAUAUCUUCAAUUCAACCCACAUCUACAUAGGACCUUGGACUUCAGAAACUCCACCUGAGGGGAAUCCAGCUCCAUCUCCCACUUCUGGGAGCGCACAGACUCCAUCUACCUCAACCACAAGUAACACAGAGGAGGUCCGUGUUUCAGAAAUGUCUACUGGUCUUGGGAAAACAGCUCUCCCUUCACAAGCUCUGACAAUUACCACACUUUUGUCUCCUGAAAAAGGGAGCACGAGUGCCCUCCCAGUAUAUACUCCCAGGACUGAGGAAACGAUAGUAAGCACCACCUCUGUGACUCACCCUUUCUCACACCGCCAGGACAGUUCCUUUGUAGAUACUGUAACCUCUGGGACAACCAAGAUAUCAAAUCCUAUAAACAUUAAGACAACUUUUUUAUACUUGCUUUCACCUAGGACUCAGCCUGAGGUGUCUUCAGUUGCCACUCUCAUUUCUGAAAGCACACAGACUUCCCCUGAGUCCCCAUCUCUUUCCACAGCUCGACUAUCUAGUGCCAAUUUUAUAGCUGUGUCUACUGACAGGAUCACUACAGCCCUUUCUGCUUCAAAUGUAUCUAUAGCACUUCUUGGGAAAACUUCUAUAAUAACGUCCAUUCAUAUCUACUAGAUGUCCUCACAGCCAGUUAGUGGCACUCCCUUCACUUCUAAAAGUGUUUUGGGCACUCCCACUGUACUAAUGACUGGAAUUUCUAAAAGACAUUCAGAUUGUUUGAAAAGUACCUCUGUAGCCACUUCUGCUGGGUCUGAAAUGUCUUCAAUGUCAGUUAAUGUCUCUGCUUUUCCACUUCCUACUGUUUCUUCUGAUGCUUCCACAACAGGUGGAUCAUUCUGUACUUCAUUGUCUUCACUUACCCCCAGGCCUUCUAUGACCAUGCAAACAUUGUCAUUAGAUGUCACACCUUUGACAUAUGCUGGGUCUGCUUCAAAAAAUGCAGUGGCUUCCGUUGCUUUCACUACUUCAGAAAUACUAAAAGUAUCAUCCAGCAUCACACCUACAUCCUUUUCCUCCCCAGCAGAGCCAACUUUUCCCUCUGGGAAAACCAUUCCAACCACUACCAUGGCUGGGACAGUGACUCCAUUCAUAGGCAUCCCUGUCUCUCGCCUACUCAGUUCUAAGAACACUGAAGCUAUUUCUUCCAUUCCAAAGACCACAUUUUCAUAAUUUCUAUCAACAGCCCAACAAUCAUCACAAAGAUAUCAGGGCACCACUCUGGACAUAUUCCCUGGGAUUACUAACAGCUCUCUUUCAACUGUAAGCAGUGGUAAAGUAACAGCUUUCACAAAUACUUAUUCCAGACCUGGUGCCCCUGAAAGUGUGCUUUCAUCUACUCUGGAAAAUCUCCACACUUCCUUGAAUAUUCAAAUUUCCCCAUCUUUGACUGGUUUUAAAAGCACUCCUGGAUCCACAAAAAGUGUAAAAAUUACCGUUUAUCAUUCUUCAAAUACAGAAAAGAAGACUUCCUCAUCAGAAAAUACUUCAACAGCUGAACUGACAAAAGGUGCCAUGUCUGUGAAUACACCUGCUUCAUACCCUCCCUGGAUUCCAUCCGGUACAACUUCACCCUCUUCGACAUCAGUUCUUUUUUCACCUCAAAGUACUGAAGCCAAGUUCUCUACUCCAAAGACUUCUCUUCCUCCUAUGUCCCAAAGAGUUGAAUUUCCAGUUCUACAAACAAGAACCACAUCUAGUAAUGCCCAGUCUCUGCUUUUGACUUCCUGGAAUAAACCCACAGCUGAAGAUUCUCAAUUUUCAGCUUCUACCACUGCUCAUGUAACUACAUCCAACAAGAAGCAAACAGAGAGUCCUUACGUUAGUCUAGAGUCUUUGUCAACACUCCCGGUCUCUCAGACUGGUCUUGUACCUGGAGAUGUAAUGGCAAUGUCAUCAAUUUCUGCAACAGGAACUCUUCUUACCUUGGAGAUGUCUGAGAGUCCUUCAUUACCAAUAUCUUCAAAAUCUAUCCCUGUUACUUUGGCUGACUUUAAGCACACAUUUGAGAAGACAACUACAACUGUAACUCCUGGGACCACACUCAAAUCAAAUAUUUCUGUUGCUGCUUCAGAAUAUAUCAUUUCAAAGGCUGCUACUUCACCCAUGCUGACUUGGAUCUUAUCUAGUCUUCCUUCAGGUUCACCUCUGGCAACUAGAUCCAAUACUCUUCACAUUAUAUCUUCCUCUCCAGAAGAGAUAUUCAGUUCAGUUCUGUUGGUCAAAAAAAUAAAAUUCACAUUUCUGACUUCUGACAUAACACCAACACACCCACUCACUAACUUUACAAUAGGACCCUUUGCUGGUGUAAGUACUGUACUCACCAAAACCACCCCUACACCUACAAUGCACGGUAUCACUACGGGCUUCCCAAGUCCUUUCCCUGUGUCUAUAAAAAUCACAAAUGACAGUACCUACAUUUCCAUAUCUUCUGAAGCAUUUUCCAGAAUCACUGUGACUGCCAACUCCAGGACUGUGCCUCAAGCUCCGUCCUUUAGCAGAAUGAGUAAAUCACCUCCAGUUGACCAUACCCCAUCUGUUGGUGCCAUGUUUCUACCUGGCCCUACAACAACAUCUGCAUGGAGCAGAAUCCUAGCUGCAUCAGCACCCGCUAUGUUAGUUCUUCCUAAGCCCACACAGGACUCCCUUCUAAAAGCCACCACUACAUCUGCUGAUACUGGAGCCCCAUUUCCGCUCAUCUCCACCGGAGUAACACAUCCUUUUACAGCAAAUGUGUCCUCAUUACCUUCUUCCUCUUUUGAGACAACGUGGCAGGACUCCACACCUUCCUUUUUAUCUACCAAAACUUUGAAUUCACCUAUAGCCAUGAAAUUUACAGUUUCCUUCUACAAUAUUGAAAUGAGCCUCUCUUUCUUUGAUGAAGAGCCAAGGAUCCCUAUUACCAGUGUCAUAAAAGAAUUUGCAAAAAAACAGUUGAAUUCUAUAUUUCAAGACAGUGAAUUUGUUCUUGCUAAUCUGGCUGUUCAAAUUAAAAGCAGAUAUGUGAAUGUCAUCUGCUGUUUCAGUGACUAUGUGCUUUUCUCUUGCAUUAUUUGAAACAGAGAAGGGCAAGGACUGGCUACAAUUUCCCACGUACCAUACAGCUGUCAUUGUCAGGUCAUCAUAAAGGCCACCUCUUCUUUAGCUCCCACCAAAUUGAUUAGCAGGAGCAAAAGUAAAAUACAUGGUAACUUCAUGCAUGGAAACUUCACACAAAAUCAAUUGAUAUUAUUAGUAAAGUCUGGACAUGCUGCAGUGAGAAAACUAGAGCCCAGAAAGUGCAAAGCCGAAGAAACAGCCUCUAAAUACAAAGGGACAUAUAAGUGGCUCUUAACCAACGCUACUGAGACAGCCCAAAGUAGAUGCAUAAAAAAUGAAGAUGGAAGUGCUACUAGACUCUGCUCAAUCAGUAUCGACACUGGCAAAUCUCACUGGGAAAAACCAAAGUUUAAACAAUGCAAAUUGCUUCAAGCGCUUCCUAAUAAGAUUGUGGAUCUUGCUAAUAUUACAGUAAGUGACGAAAAUGUGAAUGAUGUUGCAGAGCACAUUUUAAAUUUAAUCAAUGAAUCCCCUCUUCUGGAUGAAGAGGAGACAAAGAUUAUUGUUUCGAAAGUAUCUGAUAUUUCACAAUGUGAUGAGAUAAGUAUGACCCUAACCCAGACUAUAUUACAAAUAAUCAGUGCUGCUCUCAGUGCUGCUUUGGGAAAGCAAAACCAUUUAGCAUCUGAUCUGCAUGAAGUAAACAAUGAAUAAGUACUAGUACUUAGGAUAAUUGAGUGUGCUGGUCACAAGAUGGAGUUUCCUGGGAGGACAUCACAUCUGAUGAUGGCCAGGCUGGCUUUGGCUGUCCUACGGGUGGACCACACAUUUGAAGGCGUGGCCUUCAGCAUUCGCUCCUAUGAAGAAAGCACAGAGCCUGAGAUUUCCCUAGACAAGGUCCCUCUGGGGAGAGUUUUGGGAGGGAGAGAAUCACUGAGGGAGAGAAUUCCUCUUAGCAGCUUACACACCAUCUUGUAAUUUUUUGGCCAAACUUCACUCUUUAAGACCAAAAACAUCACAAAAGCAUUAACCGCAUAUGUCGUGAGUGCCAGCAUUUCUGAUAUACCCAUUCAAAACUUGGCAGACCCAGUGGUUAUUACUCUGCAGCAUAUUCAAGGAAACCAGAAUUAUAAUCAAGUUCGCUGUGCAUUUUGGGACUUUGGGAAUAACAAUGGACAAGGUGGAUGGAACUCAUCAGGCUAUAACAUGAAGGAAACAAACGUAAGUUACACAAUCUGUCAAUGUGAUCACCUUACCCAUUUCGGAGUCUUAAUGGAUUUAUCCAGGUCUGCAGUGGAUGUAGUGAAUGAAUGGAUAUUAAUGAUUAUAAUAUAUAUCAGAUGUGGAAUCGCCUCCAUUUUCCUGGGAGCUGCAAUAGUGACAUACCUAGCUUUUCACAAACUUCAAAAAGAUCAUCCUUCCAAAAUCCUGAUCAACUUGUACACAGCACUGCUAAUGCUAAACCCGGUAUUUCUAGUCAAUUCCUGGUCAUCAUCAUUUCAGAAAGUGGGCCUUUGUAUCACGGCUGCUGUGGCACUUCAUUACUUUCUGCUUGUGUCUUUGACUCGGAUGUGCCUGGAGGCAGUCCACAUGUAUUUUGCUCUAGUCAAAGUCUUCAACAUAUACAUUCCCAAUUAUAUCUUUAAAUUUUGUCUGGUUGGUUGGGGAAUCCCAGCCAUCAUGGUGGCAAUCAUACUCACUGUGAAAAAGGAUCUGUAUGGGACUCUGAGCUCAACAACUCCAUUCUGUUGGAUUAAAGCUGAUCCUAUCUUCUAUAUCUCAGUGGUGGCUGAUUUUUGCCUCAUAUUUUUCAUGAAUCUCUUCAUGUUCUGCACUGUUCUUGCUCAACUGAACUCCAUGAAAUCCCAAAGCCAGAAGACUUGAUGGAAGAUGAUUCUACAAGACCUCAAAGGCACAACUGGCCUGACCUUACGUGGUCUCACCUGGGAGUUGGCCUUUUUAGCCUGGGGACCUGUGAGGAUCCUUUUCUUAUAUCUUUUCGCCAUUUUUAACAUUUUGCAAAACUGACCUUCUUCUCCUGACUUCGGGUUCCUCAUUUUUGUGUUCCACUGUGCAGUGAAGGAGCAUGCGUGGAAGCAGUGGCAGCUGCUUUUCUGUUAUGGGUGGUGGCGACUGGAUAACACUUCUGAUGGCAGCACCUGGUGUGGGCCCAGUGUCAGGCAGAAACAGGAGAGACUGAGGGAAACCUUUGUGCACAACUUGUUGACAUCAUCAGUCAAGCCAACUACAGCUAGUUCCAUUGUGAAAUCUUUAGGCUCUGCCCAAGGCACUCCUAGAGAAACAAGCUCCCCAAAUGGUGAGAGAAAAGGCUGUGCUAUCUACACUCACAUUCCAGAGACACUGAAUUAG